AUGGAGGCAGCUAUCGGAGUGAUUGGGCUCUCAUUGCAGCUCAUCGACUCUGCCAUCAAAGUCAAGAGAGUCGUCACAACUUACCGGUCUGCAUCGGCGGAGAUCAACCGGCUGGCACUCAAGAUCGAAAGAGUCGAGGUAAUAUGCGGUGCGAUCAAGGACAGUCUCGAGGGAGACGCAUCUUCGAGACAGUGCUCUGAUCUCAUCAGGACCUGGGGGGUAUGUGUUCUCAGAAGCAUCUCAUCGACGCUCGCCGAGAUCCAUGCCAUCGCCACAAAGCUGGAACGGAAAAGUGAAAAGAGACGUCCCUUCAACACCAUGGGUUUGGCAUUCCUGGAAUGCAAAGAUGACAUAUCUCGGUUGAGCAAGUGGCUGGAUGAUGAUCUGAACUACCUGCAGCAUAUGAUGACUGCGGAGAUACUCUCUAGGUGCAACAUCGUCCAGCAGCUCACCAUUCACCACAAGACCGAAGCAUCUGAGUACUCAAACAUGAGCCCUAUUCAUAUGCAGUCCGCUUUGCAACAAGAUCACAACGGCGACCUGCCAUCCGAGCCAAGACAUACAACAAUGGUGGAAGCAGGUGAUCAGAAGACGGUCACAGCAUUCGGCUUUCAAUUUCAAAAUCAAACCAGGACAGUUCUCAAGAGGUCUAGCUCUCACGGUGCACCGGAGGUGUCCAAUACAAGCGAGAUCAAGACUUACACUUUCGGGCACAGCAGUUUUUCCUACAGGAUAGAAUUGAACUGGUCCAUGAGCAACUUGAGUCCCAUGGUCUACGCCCUCGCUGUCCGCCAUGUUCUCACUGAAGAGAAAGACGGAAAGCUGGUAGAGAGGAUGUUGUAUAUUAUGUGCGAUGGAGACUUGCCAGCGCUGCAAGACCUACUCUCUACCAGGACAAUCACUUUAGGCACCAUGCUGGGGGAUAGGACGCUGUUUGAGUCGGCAGCGAUUUGUAACCAGCCGUCUCUUUGCCGCUUCCUCGCCCAGCAGAAUCUUGAUCUGUGCAUAGAUGAGAGGUAA